AAAAGCAAAAUCCCACAAACCCAUCUGUUUUCCAAGAGUAUAAACAAACAUCACUAAAUAAGAUUAGGCCACCGAUCCAACCCAAAAGAAUGGAAAACAUUGUAGUAAUGUUCCCGUCUUUACAAAUCGGCCAUUUGGUUUCAAUGGUAGAGCUAGGCAAACUCAUCAUCACGGCGGACGAUUCACUCGCCAUCACCAUCCUCCUCACGCCGCAACAUUACGAAAACAAAUCAACCGCAGACUAUGUCAAGACCAUCACUUCCACCACCCCUUCGAUCACCUUUCACUACCUCCCAACCCUCUCUCAACAGCCCGACCCAUCGGCCCAUUUCUUCGACCUCGUUUUCCAACUCAUCACCGCCUACAAACCCAUCCUCCGUGACACCCUACUAUCCAUAUCACAAAAGUCAAGCAUCAAAGGAGUCAUCAUUGAUUUUCUUUCAAAUGAUGCUUUUGAUGUCUGCAGGAGUCUUGACAUACCAACAUACUAUUUGUUCACUAAUAGCGCAUUUGGGCUUGGUGUGAUGUUGUAUCUUCGUACCAUACAUAAAAAUACUACUGAAAGCUUUAAAGAUUUGAAAAGUUAUAUUCAAGUUCCAGGAGUACCGCCGAUUUUUUCACUCGAUAUGCCCGGGACUUUGCUCGACAGGAACACUUUCUCUUAUAAAAAUAUACUCAACAUAUCUAACAACAUGGCUAAGUCCCAAGGUAUCAUUAACAACUCUUUCGCGGCUCUUGAGCAACGAGUGGUGAAGACACUGGCAGACGGUGAGCACAUCCCAGACGGUCCAACUCCGCCCAUUUACUACGUUGGGCCACUGAUUAGAAAUGUCACUAGUGACAAUGCAAAGGAUAAGUCGAUACAAUGGCUGGAUUCACAACCACCAAAAAGUGUUGUGGUUUUGAUCUUUGGUAGCAUGGGGAAGUUUAAAAAGGACCAAUUAAUGGAAAUGGCAAAUGGGUUAGAAAAGAGUGGCCAAAGAUUUUUGUGGGUUGUUCGAGAUCCACCACAAGAAUUUGAAAAGGGUCAUGAGUUUGCAAAAGUUAUCGAGCCGGAUCUUGAAGAUUUACUUCCAUCAGGGUUUAUAGACCGGAACAAAGAGAAGGGUUUGGUGUUAAAAAAUUGGGCACCACAAGGGGAAAUACUGAGACAUGGCUCAGUGGGUGGGUUCGUGUGUCAUUGUGGUUGGAACUCGGUUCUGGAAGCUCUGAAUGCUGGUGUUCCAAUGUUGGCGUGGCCUUUAUACGCCGAACAAAAGAUGAAUAGGGUGAGUUUGGUUGAGGGGAUGAAGGUGGCGUUGCGGUUGGAGAUGUCUGAGGAUGGGUUUGUGACUGCGGAUGAGUUAGCGGCGAGAUUGAAAGAGUUGAUGGAAGAAGAGAGUGGAAUGAGGUUGAAAGAACAUGUUUCGGCGAUUAGCAAGAGUGCUAAAGCCGCGGUGGCAGAUGGUGGUUCCUCCCGAGUUGCUGUGGUGGAGUUAAUCAAGUCACUAAAAUCGGCCUGAGUCUAGACUCGAUCACUCGUGGUCGAUUUCAUAACAAGGCUAUGUGCACGAGUACAAUUAUCUAUCUAGAGAUCCAUUUGAUCCUCAAAUGAGAUGAUAAGGUAGAUGUUUAUUGGUGAUUACUACCUACUUAUCAUUAUUUACUUUUAUUAUGUAUUAUUUGGUCAAUUAUUCGUGUUUCAAGUUAAUUGGUGGGCUUGUCACUAGAUGUAGAGGUGUUGAGGUUGUGCCUUUUGUACUUGUUUUCAUGCUUUUUAUCGGAUGAAUUGUUUCAAUA